GCGCGUCCAACGCUCAAGCCGACGUGGUGUCCGCGCUCGCUUCGCUCCGGCGGUCGGUUCGAAGCGCUCGGGGGAAACAGCGCGCGAGUGCUCGAACUGACAAGUGAACGCUGUCACCGACGCGAGAGCACGCGCAAUGAACGAGUCCGAAGAACUGCUACGCAUGAUUCGCGUGACGGCCGUGGCCUGCUUUUCGCAGUCGCGUUGAGUUCUGUCCACUUGGCGCGCGCAUAUAUUUGCACUCGGUAAACUGAGCGCGCAGUACGGUGAUGCAGCACUUGGGGCAACGUGAGUCGUCCUCGGUCAACGAGCGCCGUCGCUUCUGUUCCACGGGUUUGCACAGCUGGGGUUGAAGACUGUGCUGCUGUACGGGGCGGACCCUUGUGAAGAAAAGUCGCCAUGAACUGGAUUAGACGCUCAGCGUGGCGCGCCAGAGUUUUGACCUGCGUCGUCGGGCUCGUCUUUGCCGGAACACUGCAGGGUACUGCGGAGGAUAUUUUGGACGAGGAGCUGCCGCCAUUCUUCGCCGAGGUGAUCCCAAACGUGACCGUGCCUCGUGGAAGAGACGCCAGGAUCCCCUGCGUCAUCGAUAACCUUGGAUCAUACAGGCCCGCGUGGAUCAAGGUGGAGGACAAGGGUAUCCUGAGCAUUCACCAGCAGGUGAUCAGCCGCAACUACCGCAUCUCCCUCAGCACCAGCGACAACCGGCACUUUGUGCUGCACAUCCGGAACGUGCAGGAGUCGGACCGCGGCGGCUACAUGUGUCAGAUCAACACAUCGCCCAUGAUGAGCCAGGUCGGAUACCUUGACGUACUCGUGCCGCCAGACAUCGUGGUCGAAGAAAGCAGCUCGGACGUGGUGGUGCGCGAGGGUUCGAACGUGACGCUAACUUGCAAAGCGCGAGGCUACCCGCGGCCUGCCAUCACCUGGCGUCGGGAGGACAACGAGCCCAUCCCGCUCGGCUCGUGGAAAAACGGAAAGAAGACGCAAACGCUGGUUCAAACCUACGAAGGCGAGUUCCUGACUGUGACUCGUGUGAGCCGGGUACACAUGGGCGCCUACCUGUGCAUCGCCAAUAACAACGUGCCCUCGCCCGUCAGCCGAAGGAUCAUGCUGCACGUGCACUUUCCACCGGUGAUCUGGAUCCCGCUGCAGCUCGUGGGCGCACCGCAGCGGGCAAACGUGACGCUGGACUGCCACAGCGAGGCGUACCCUCCGGCCGUCAACUACUGGGCCAAGGACACGCACAAGAUUUUCCUGGACAACGACAAGUACUCGCUGAGCGUGCGCAAAGGCGGCUACAAGGCCCACAUGCAGCUCACCGUCAGGAAGCUGCGCGAGAGGGACUUCGGCGCGUACCGCUGCCUCUCCGAGAACCUGCUCGGCUCCACCGAAGGCUCGGUCAAGCUCUACGAGCUUUCACCGCAUUCCCGACAACAGCAAAGUUUGGAUUCUCAACAAGCGGAUAGGCACCCCUAUGGCCGCAGUUCCUACCACGAUGGGAAAUAUUUUGCAUCCGAAGACGGCUUUUCUGAGGACAAGGACUCCCAGGAUGGUACACCACAAGACACAAGCGGCGGCAUUUCUGUCUUGGACGGCGCCCGUGCGAGGCUCGUGGCCGUUCUACUGGUGCUUCUCUGCGCGAAAUGAAAGAGAACGGUGUGAGUGCAAGCAGUACCCGGAGGCCCUGAGGAUAGCAGUGAGGAGCUGUGUCGUCGUCAGUGCGGGGACACUAUAGAGACGACGACGCAGUGUGGCGACAUCUUUUGUUUUAGUGUUUAUUAAAAAAAUAUUGAUGAGUG